UUUCAUAAUACUGUGAAAAUCUUCUCCUAUAAAAGACAGCAUGGCCUUAGGAUAGAAUAGGGGUCCUCAGGGUAUAACCAGCUUAUUUUCAUAAUGAGGGCCUACUUUUUGUUUGUGAGCAUAUCUUUGCUGUGUGCUGUGGUCUUUGGUGACCAUGAGAAACAUCAUGACAGUGAUCACAAAGAACAUGGAGAUCAUGGAAACGUCCAUCACCAUUCUGAUAAAACACAUACAGACGAUAGCCACGGAGAUCACCAUCAUGAUGAAUCUAUGCCUUGCCUUAAAAUAGCACCAUAUAAUGCUAACUUUGGUUUUAGCCUUUACAGACAAAUUGCUGCAGACCAUCCAACAGAAAACAUAUUUAUAUCCCCAGCGAGUAUUUCCACUGUCUUUGCUAUGCUCUCCCUUGGUGCCAGAUCCAAUACUUUAAACCAGAUAAUAGAAGGACUGAGCUUUAACCGAUCUGAACUAACAGAGGAGGAGAUGCAUAAAGGUUUCCAGCAUCUCCUUCACAUGCUGAAUGACCCAAACAGUAAAGUGCAGCUGAACAGUGGAAAUGCCCUCUUUAUAGACAAAGACCUCAAACUCAUCCAGAAAUUUGUAGAGGAUUCCAAACAGUUUUAUAAAGCAGAAACAUUUUCUACUGAUUUCCAUAAUACAGAGGAAGCAACAAAGCAGAUUAACACUUACGCAGAGAAUAAAACCAAGGGAAAAAUUACUGACUUGCUCAGCAGUGUAGACGAGAAAACUAUUCUAGUUCUUAUUAACUACAUUUAUUUCUAUGGAGAAUGGGAGAAACAUUUUGAAAAGGAAUGGACAAAGGAUGGAAUCUUCCAUGUGGAUGAGAACACAAACGUAACAGUCCCAAUGAUGCACAGAAAUGGCAUGUACAAUGUGGCAUUUGAUGAAAAGCUUGGCUGCACUGUGGUACAAAUCCCAUACAAAGGGAAUGCAACAGCACUCUUUAUUUUGCCAGAUGAAGGAAAGCUGAGACAAGUUGAAGAAGCUCUAGAAAAGGCAGUAGUAAAAUCAUGGAAAAAAUUAUUUAGAAAGCAGUUUGUACAACUUACCCUCCCAAAACUCUCAAUUUCUGCAACAACUGACCUUGUAAAAGAACUCAGUAAACUGGGUGUGACUGAUGUAUUUCCUGAUAAUUCAGAUCUUUCUGGAAUUGUAGAAGUAACACCACUGAAGGUGUCUAAGGCAGUGCAGAAGGCUCUAGUAAGCAUUGAUGAAACAGGAACAGAAGCUGCAGGAGCUACAGUCAUGGAAAUUAUGCCCAAUAUGGCACCGCUUCUCAUCACAUUUAACAGACCCUUUGUGCUGAUGAUUUAUGAACCAACGCUAAGAGCCAACCUUUUCAUGGGAAGAGUUAUGAACCCUAAGAAAUAGUUUCAAAAAGAUGUUUCUUUCUAAAUAAACUGGCAUCUUCAAA